UGAACCGGUUAAAACGUGAAUACCAGAAAAAACAAAGCUUGUAAAUUGUAGUCAGUAUUCCUGUUCUUGUUUUUGUCGACCACAUUUUAGAAAAGAAAACAAACUAUUUUUCUGCUCUCAAUUACUAAAUGGCGGGAAUCGUUCAAUCCUUAAUUCUCUCACCCCGAUCACUUCAACCGCCGUCGAUUCAACAACGUCACCCUAAUUUCCGGUCAAUUUGCAAUCCUUACUCUUUGAAACGUACCCGUUGCGUUCCAAGUCCCAUCAAAAUCAAAGCUUGCCAACAACCUGAUCAGGGAGAUAGUAAAGUUUCCGGUUUGGCCAAUGUUUGGAGUCAACCAUUGUUUAGUUUUGUGGAGAAUAAUUUUCUUCCAAUGGCUCUUAUUGGUGGAGUAGUAGUAGGACUUGCAAACCCUAGUCUUGGUUGUCUUGCUGAUAAAUGUUAUCUCUCAAAAGUUAGCACAUUUGGAAUAUUUUUCAUCUCAGGUUUAACAUUGCGAAAUGGGGAAAUUGGUGCUGCUUUAGAAGCUUGGCUCGUGGGAGUUUUUGGGCUUUGCUCCAUUCUAUUUAUAACACCGUACUUUUCAAGGAUUAUUUUGCAAAUUCAGCUCCAGCCUCAGGAAUUUGUAACAGGGUUGGCUUUAUUUUGCUGCAUGCCUACUACCUUAUCUAGUGGAGUGGCACUAACUCAGCUUGCUGGAGGAAAUUCUGCACUUGCUCUAGCAAUGACAGUGAUAUCAAAUCUUUUAGGAAUUUUGAUUAUUCCUUUUUCUAUCUCCAGAUUCAUAGGUGCUGGCGUUGGUGUAUCUGUUCCAACUAAGCAAUUAUUGAGAAGUCUUGUUCUUACACUUUUAGUCCCUCUUAUCCUGGGAAAGGUUUUUCGAGAAUCCUCCAAAGGUCUGGAAAACUUUGUUGAUCAAAAUCGUAAGCUUUUCUCAAAGAUGAGCGCAAUUUGCCUCAGUUUAGUUCCAUGGAUCCAAGUAAGCAGGUCGAGGUCACUGCUCUUGAUGGUUAAGCCUGAAGUUUUCCUUGUAGCUGUUGGGAUGGGAGUAUUUCUACAUAUCAUCCUAUUUUCUUUUAAUGCUCUUGCUAUACAAGGCCUUGCAACUGUAUCCGGGGGCAACUGGUCAGUUUUUGCCAAGAAAGAAAAUGCUGAUGCUUUUGUCCUUGUUACAAGCCAGAAAACUCUUCCAGUACUGGCAGCGGUAGUGGAGCAGCUUGGUGGUGCUUUUGGUGAAUCUGGCUUGCUGGUCCUUCCUUGUGUUGCUGCGCAUCUGAAUCAGAUCAUCAUGGACUCGUUUCUUGUCAAUUUCUGGCUCAGAAAGGAUACUGCAUCAGAAAAUGGGGAAGGCAGCCUGAGUAAUAGGACCAUAAUUGCUAGACAUAAGGAAGCCUUUUAAUGAAUUUGAAGUUAUUGUCUUUUAAGAUGUAGAUUAAAAAAGAAAUGCACUGGAAGCUACUCUUCUUCUGUACAUUUGUCGCUCUUCAUCUUGAUUCUGUCAACUGACACCUUACAUUCUUAUGCAGCAUAAAUGGCCAAAUCAUCCCUUUUCA